AUGGCUGGUCAAUAUUCCGUACAUAGAUGGGAAUCUGGGAAUCUGGGAAUCUGGAAAUCUUUCUUUCUUCGAGCCAUAUAUCAUAUCUUGGAGCUGACUGAUCUCAAUAACCAACAAUCGAUCUACCCGUUGAUAGAUCACCUUCAGGUUCCAUUGAAUUGCUGCCUUACGUACGGGACUAUUACCAAUUAUACCGCUGGAUUUACUGGCGAUCCCUUCGCUGUACAGUGUCCCUCUCAUCAACCUACCUGGCCCAUCAUCGAAUGA